GGAGUGCUCGGUGCCUCCUCCCUAUGCCAGCCCCUGUCCCCUUGAUGCCUCUGUCCCGCUGGCUGAGAUCUGUGGGGGUCUUCUUGCUGCCAGCCCCCUGCUGGGUGCCACAGGAAAGGUGGCUGGGUUCCCUACAGCGGCCCUCCCUGGUGCACCGGGGCUCAGUCCUGGGGGCAUGGCACAGUGUCCGCUGCUGGUGCCAAGUGUGGACAGAGGAGCCUCGAGUACUUUAUUCCUCCCUCAGAAUGAAUGGAGACCAGAAAUUGGAUGUUUAUGACCAAAACAAGCAGGAUUUCAUCCAGCACUUCUCCCAGAUUGUCAAGGUGCUGACUGAGGAUGACCUGGGGCACCCAGAAACAGGAGAUGCUAUUGCCCGGCUUAAGGAGGUCCUGGAGUACAAUGUCGUUGGAGGGAAGUACCAACGGGGUAUGACGGUGCUGGUAACUUUCCAGGAUCUGGUGGAACCAAGCAAGCAGGAUGCUGAGAGUCUCCAGCGGGCCAUGACUGUGGGCUGGUGUGUGGAACUGCUCCAAGCUUUCUUCCUGGUGUCAGACGACAUUAUGGAUGCAUCCCUCACCCGACGGGGGCAGCCCUGCUGGUAUCAGAAGCCAGGCAUUGGUUUGGAUGCCGUGAAUGAUUCUCUUCUCCUGGAAGCGUGUAUCUACCGACUGCUGAAGCUCUACUGCCGGGAGCAGCCCUAUUACCUGAACCUGAUGGAACUCUUCCUGCAGACUUCCUAUCAGACUGAGAUUGGACAGACCCUGGACCUCAUCACAGCCCCGCAGGGCAACGUGGAUCUUGGCAGAUUCACUGAAAAGAGGUACAAAUCUAUUGUCAAGUAUAAGACAGCUUUCUACUCCUUCUACCUUCCUGUAGCUGCUGCUAUGUAUAUGGCAGGCAUUGACGGGGAGAAGGAACACGCCAAUGCCAAGAAGAUCCUGCUGGAGUUGGGAGAGCUCUUUCAGAUCCAGGAUGAUUACCUUGAUCUCUUUGGGGACUCCAGUGUGACGGGCAAGAUUGGCACCGACAUCCAGGACAACAAAUGCAGCUGGCUGGUGGUACAGUGUCUACAACGGGCCUCUCCAGAACAGCGCCAGAUCCUGCAGGAGAAUUAUGGGCACAAAGAGGCUGAGAAGGUGGCCCGGGUGAAGGCACUCUACGAGGAGCUGAAUCUGCAGGCCGUGUUUACGCAAUAUGAGGAAGACCGUUACAGCCACCUUCUGGGUCUCAUCGAGCAGUACUCUUCGCCCCUGCCCCCCGCCAUCUUCCUGAGGCUAGCACAGAAGAUCUACAGGCGGAAAAAGUGACCUAGAGACUGCCAGGGCGGGGAGGGGAGGCUUUCAAUAAAUUAUCCUCAUUUUAUGUCA